UGGUGUUAUUACCAGAGCACUCAUGAAAAUCUGCAAUACAAAAGUGAUAACUAACUUCAACAAACAAAAUUGUAAUGGAUUUACGGUUUAUGGACAGGAAGCAUUUUGCCCAAUUGCGUGGACAGAUUGGGCACUAUAUUUUAAUUCAACUACUAGUGCUAAGGUAAUGAAUUCACUUGAGAACAGCAUGGGAAUUCAUGUAUGGAAUUUACAUAGUAAACAUACACCUAUUAUAGUUGGAUCAAAACAACCAUAUGGUUUAGUUGCUCAAAAGUAUUGUUCAAGUAUUUUUUCUUUGGCCGAAGAUUUUUUUUAAAAAAUCUAAACCAUAUCCUUUUUUGUUACACAUUAUAUUCGUAUACAGUGCUUAAUAUUAUUAAAGUACCUAAUUAAUAAAUACGUGAUAACACUACGAGAAGUAACCUAUUUAAUGCACAAUCAAAUUGCAUAUUUUAUAGAAAUACAAUGUAUGUAGAAAACUGUUACGCUUAUUUGGGAGAGAAAAUCAGCAGAACUACUAAUGAGGUAAAAUAAUGAAAUAACUACUUUAUUUAAAGUCUUUAGAAAUGUAGACUUUAUAAAGUGUAAUUUUUUUCAUUCUGUACAACCUAUGCCAUAAGAUCAAAUAAUUCAAUCAUUUAUAAAUAAAUCAAAGAUUCUGGUUUCUCAGUCCUUUUUAACCCAAGGAAGUAAGUUAUGUUACUUUUAACGCAUCCAGUCAACGUUAAAAUGUUAUGAUGUUAUGCCCUCAAACGUUUGAAGUCAUUAAACUCUUUUGAACAUAUUUUAAAAUA